AUGAAUGAUCUUCAUGUACUUUUCUGCUCGAUGGGGAUGAGUGAAAAGUUGUCGUCGUCAAUCUUCGCUGAUAAGAUGACGAUUUUUUACAAUUUCGAGGUCCCGAUGAGCUGUCCUGAGACGGAAGAACUUAUUAGAGAUGCACGUUUUCGCACCAUUUUGGGGUCACAAUGUUUGGCAGGCGUACUCUCGAUUAUUGUAUCUUCCAUGGUACUGAAACGAUGUACUAGGCUCUAUUUCCACAUCAACUGUAGGAUCUUGAUUGCUGCUAUGCUCAUUGUCUAUACAGUAUACUCUAUUCUAGUUGUGGGAAUGCAGCUCUCCGCGGUCAUCGAACGUUGCAUUGCGCUUUGGAAACGCUCUCAUUAUGAUUCAUUUGGACCAAAGAUUGGAUUCUCACUCGUGUUCAUGUCGGUUCUUCUUGCUGUGUUAUCCGGUGUUUGGGCAAUGUACGAGGAGGACUUCUCACAGCAAUAUGCAUACUGUUCCCGUGUUACUCCGAAUACAACAAGGAAUAUGAUGAUACUGACUUUUGCGUCAUCUGGAGUGUCCGCUUCUACGAUAUUCAUCAUUGCCAUACUACUUGUAUUCAAUAAUGUUGCGAACAGAAGAGUGUGUGUGGAUCUCACUACUUCGUAUCAACUCCGUGAAAAUAACAGCGUCUUACGGUUACAUCUUCCACUUGUUGUUUUUCAAGCAGCCAUUUCCGGAUUUGUAGCAACGAGCGGCGCAAUCACUAUGAUGUUUCGAAAUCAGCUUUCACCUGUCAACUAUCGAGUGAUAUUGGCUUCCAGCAAUGUGAGUAACCCUUCAAAUGCAGAAUUGAAGCAUCUGGGUAGCUUUUUAAAACCGAAGAGUACACAAAACAAACCAUCGUGA